GUUCAGGCCGCCGCACGCGGUUGUUUAGUGUUUACGCUACACACGAAAACGUCGGCCAACGAAAAUAUUUAAUCGCGAUAGUUUUAAUUGCUAAGUAAUAUUGAUUGAAGUUAAAAAUUGAAAUAUAGUUUUCAGCCAAACUAAAAAAUGUCCGGAGAAUUCUAUUUGCGUUACUACAUUGGUCACAAAGGAAAAUUUGGUCACGAGUUUUUGGAAUUCGAGUUCAGGCCUGAUGGUAAACUUCGCUACGCCAACAAUUCUAACUACAAAAAUGACACCAUGAUCCGCAAAGAAGUUUACGUUCAUCAACCUGUUAUCGAUGAGCUCAAACGUAUUGUCUCGGACUCGGAAAUCAUGCACGAAGACGACGCUUUAUGGCCGCCUCCUGAUCGAGUUGGAAGACAAGAAUUAGAAAUUGUCAUAGAUGAUGAACAUAUAUCUUUCACUACAUCUAAGACCGGAUCUCUGUUAGACGUCAAUACGUCAAAAGAUCCAGAAGGUUUAAGAACGUUUUAUUAUUUAGUACAAGAUUUAAAAUGUUUUGUGUUUUCUUUAAUCUCGUUACACUUUAAAAUCAAACCAAUUUCAUAAUGAGAUGGUUUUAAGUAAAUUGCGCUAAACUUCUUGUAAAUAACAACUACAUUCAAUUAAACAUUUUAAAAAUUAACUAUUUUCUUAUAUCGGAAAGUACAAUAUUGCCUGUAAAAUUGUUAGUGAUCAAUAAGUUUGUAUUUUUUGUUCUACAUAAUAAUGUAUACGUUUAUCACAACGAUUAUUACAUGUUAAUUUUACACUGACUAAAAAUAUUUUAAAAAAUAGAACAACAUUAUAUGGACUCCAAAAACUUAAAUUGUAUUUGUAAUAAUUCUUUAUAAAGUUUUCAAUAUAUUUUUAGUGUUUUUUUUUAUGAUUAUUUAAAAAAAUACAAGUACUAAAUAACAAAUUGUAACUGCAUUUAUUGAUUCUAGCUGUUAUAAUGAUACCUGUUAUAAGUAUGGUCAUGUUUUUAUGACCAUAUGUUUUUAAUGACAUCUAUAACAGCCUUGAAAGUCAAACAAAUUGGGUAUUAUGAUUUUAUUUGUAUUAAUCUCCCUUAAUAGUACACAAAUAUGAUUGAAAUGUAUAUUUUUUUUAUUGAUUUGUACAAUGGGUCAUAAGGUAAACAUACCACUGUCUAGCACAUAAUAUUAUAAUAUACGAAAAGGCAGGUAUAAAUCAAAGUGUUAGUAUCAGCCAAAAUGUGUGCUGUACUCAUGAAUAUUUUGUAAAAUUAUUUAUUACAGUUUUGCAUUUUUAUGGGUUUUGUAUGUUGGAAAUAUUAAUAAAAUUAGUUUUAAACAUAUA